AUGGUUACAGGUAAAAACAAUUCAGUCAAAAAAGGGGAUUGAAGCUAAAGCCACACGAAGGAAAGUAAACAGUGUAGAAAUAUGGACCCCGCAGAAAAUGGACGGAUCCAGGAACAGAUCCAAUUUCUUGACAAAUUUGAUGAAGAUGAAGCUGAAAAAGAGAUUCUUCUAUCAAAACCAACAUGCUUUAUUAUUAUUGGAAAGCCUAGCAUAGGCAAGUUCACACUAGCCAAGAGAUUAUCAGAGACGUGGAAAUGCAUCCUUAUUAGUGCUACUGAACUUAUAAAGCACCAUAUUGCCAUUAAGACAGAGCAUGGCUUAAAGUUUAUGGAGUUGCUUAAUCAAGGACUAAGCAUUCAUGAAGAGCUGGUCAUAAAGAUUAUUCUGGACAAGAUUAACUCACCAGAAGUUGAACAUCAUGGUUAUGUUCUAUGUAGUCUUCCUUCCAUGUCAGAGGAUUACCUUAAGAUCUCAGAGCAGAUGGAGCUGAUAAAAAAUCUGAAGCUGAAACCAGAUUUCAUCAUAAACAUUAAGUGUCCUGACUAUGACCUGUGCAAUCGGCUGUCUGGGCAAAGGCAACAUCCAGAAACAGGGCAGUUGUACCAGAAGGAACAGUGGGACCCUGAGAAAGUAGAGAAAAAAAAGAAAAAACUAACUGGAGAAAUGGAAGAGGCAGAAGAGGAGGAAGAAGAAGAGGAGCAGGAGGCAGAGGAAAGUGAACUCCAAAAAGAGAAUGUUGCUCAACUUGUGAAACGGCCAGAAGACUUUUUGGAAAACUCAGAGAGAAGCAUUGCACUUUAUAAAGACACCUUACUCAUUCCUUUAGAGGAUUAUAUGGCUGAUCAUGAUCCGCAGUACCUGAUUGAACUGGAAGGCAACAUGAGUCCCAAUGAGCUGUAUAUGUCAGUAAUAUCCCGACUGGAGUCCAUGGGCCUGAGAAGUGCGGCGGUGGCAGUCAGAUUACUGGAGUCAGAGGAAGAGGAGAUUGAUACUGAAGAGCUGUUGAGAACCCUUUCAGCCAGUAAUAUGGUGGCUCCAAGAUACAGGUGGCGAAGGAGUCGGUGGGGUCGGGCCUGCCCUGUAGCUUUGAAACAAGGACACAUCAUUAUGGGAAAACCAAAUUUCUCUGUUGGGUUCCUAGAUAAAAUAUAUGUGCUUUCAACCCAAGAAGCCCUGGACAAAUUUAUGUCAAACCCUCAGCCAUAUCUCCUGCCCCCCAUGCCUAGGCCCCCCUGUAAAGUAGUGGUUGUGGGACCACCAUCCUCAGGGAAAACAACACUUUGCAAUUUAAUUGCAGAAAAAUAUGGUGCAAAGGUUGUGGACAUGGAGAAGCUGCUGACUCAAGAGCGAGAGAAGAGCCUGGAGAAGGUCACAGAGAUGACACUGCCUGUUGCACUUGAACAGGUGACGGAGAAUCAUGAACAACAGGUGAUAAAUGGCCUGACAGCAAAUGCAGAUGGUGUGUCGACUAUACCAGAUGAGCAACAGGGAGAUACAAAAUCAGUUUCAUCAAGUGAAAAAAGUUUUAAACAAAAUGAAGCCAUCAAGAAUGAGAUGCAGCUUCCGAUUACAUUUUCGGUUGAAGCCUGUAUAGAUACACUGGAAAAGGCCAUCCAUCAGACUAGUGAAGAAGGAGGUCCUGAAGUUCCAGUUGGAGGAGGAUGGGUGUUGGAUAACUUCCCAACAAGCAAAGCUCAAUUGAUAUUGAUGCAGGAAAGGGGACUUAUGCCCGAUUGUUUAAUCUGUUUGAGAGACAGUGAAGAUGAUGGUAAGUAUCUCCUUAGAAGACUUUAUUUACUGAAUCAGGAUCAGAUUAAUUCUGCCAUUUUGGAAAGACUGAAGGAAGACAGAACAGCGAGAGUACAUGAAGCAAAGGAAAGAAAACAAAAAAAGUUGGAAGCUUUGAGAGAAGCAGAGCUGAGGAUGGAGGAAGAUAAGCAGGGCAAGCUUGAGGCAGUAGAGGAGUUACCUGAAGAACAAGAUACAAAAGAACAGUCACAAUCAGAAACAGAUGACAACCAAUCACAAACUGAUGCAGGUAGUUCACAACUGGAGCCACAGUCUGAGGUGGAACUGCAAGCCAAGACUGAGAUGGAAACAGAUCUUGAGGAUGAACCAGAAAUUACUUUGCCCCUGAUUUCGGAAGAUGGUUACCCAGAGGUCACAGAGAUGGAAAAGUACAAACUUCUGGUGAAGAACUUCAUAUUGGAGUGGCAGACCAUGGAAAGCAUUUUGACAGGAACCUCUUCUGUCAUGCCCACACUGUUGGAGAUUGCUGGGAAAAACCCUCUGACUUUGCUCAGUGAUGCAGUCGCCAAAAUUGAGAUGCCUUUAAAGUACAAAGCCUGGGAGAUGACAGGGGUGGAUCUGGAUGAGGAGGAGGAAGAUGCCCAGGCAGCAGCUGAGGCUGAGGAGCAGAAUGUGGAAGAAGAAGAGGAAGAAGAAGGCAAAGACGAGGCAGAGGAAGAAAACCCUUCACAAAGGAACAUGGGAGACAGCAAGCACUUCUGUCCAGUAACUCUCAAGGAGAAAAACAUCUUGUUUCCAUGCACUAAUGAAUAUGCUGCCAAGUAUAAAGAAAAGGUUUACUACUUUUCUAGUAGUGAAGCCCGGGAAACUUUUCUGCUCAACCCUGAGGUGUAUGUGGCUAAAACUGAACCACUCAAAGCCCCUCCAGUGAGAGUGUUUCUUCUGGGUGCACGUGGCUCUGGCAAAACAACCCAUGGUAAGUGGCUGGCCAACAAACUGAGCAUCUUCCAUAUCCAAUUCAAAGAACGGUUGCAGGAGCGCAUCAUGUUUAAAACUCAGAAAAAGAUCAGGCCUACAGAUGAAGAGGAGCAGGCCCCCGAUGAAGAGGAGGAGGUGCCCCAGGACCUGGUGGACAUGCUGGCCGCUCGAGGUUUGGAGCUGCCUGCUGAGCUUAAGUCUGAGGAAAAGCAAGAGGAAACUCCAGCUGAGGUGGAGCUUAACGAUGAAGAGGAGGCAAUCAGAUCUUACCUGUCUGAUAAUGAGGCGCUGCCUCCAGAGGUUCUCGACAUGAUUGUUCCAAAGUGGUGGGAGGAGGAACCUUUCCGUUCCAAAGGGUUUGUAUUGGAAGGAUUUCCACAAAUCCCAGAAGAAGUCCAGUACCUGGUAGAGCGCAGUCUGUUCCCAGACACCUUUGUGAUUAUGGAACUGGCAGUAACUGACGUCAUACAUCGCUUGUUGCCCCCAGUCUUAUCCAAAUGGCAGAAUAAACGAAAUAAGAAGCUGGAGAAACAGAGGAUUAUCAAAGAACUGAAAAACAAAUUGAGGGAGGAAGCAAUUGUUAAAAGGAGAGCCGAACUCUCUGCAGAACAAGCAGAAAAAAAGGCAAAGGAAGACAGUGAAGAGGAGGAGGAGGUGGAGGAAGAGGAGGAGGAAUAUGAUAUCGAGUCAGCCCUCUUGGACGAGUUCCCACCAGAGGAGGAUGAGGACGAUGCAGAGGAAGAACAGGAGAGUGAAGCUAUUGAACGGUUGGAAUCAGAAAUAGGGGAGAGGUUUCAGUCAGACACCAGCAAUCUUCAAUCUGUUCAGGAAUUGUUGCUUGAAAAUCAUAUACCCAAGAUCAUUGUCAGCGCAGAACGAAUGUCCCAUAUUGUGCGCUUCCAGCUGUUUGAAAAGCUGAAGCCCCUGGUGGAGAACAGAGAGGCUAUUUUCGAGAAAUGCUACCCAUUAAGUUUCAGUCUAGCACGCAAGCUUCUGCACUCCUCAUAUAAAAUCACCAGUGGUUUUGGCUGCUGGGACCCUGUCAAGCUAAGUGAAGGAGCUGUGAUUCAGCCGAUGCAAGGUCCUCAAAACCCAAGCUAUCCUGUGAUCUACCGCCAGUACAUUUACUUCUUUGCGUCCAAGCAGAACAGAGACAAAUUCAUAAUGAAUCCCAUCAAAUACCUCCGACAACCCAAGCCAAAGCCUAUGGUGCCAAUCAAGGUUGCAGUUGUUGGACCCCCAAAAUCUGGAAAGAGCACUGUUGCCAGAAUGUUUGCACGUGUGCAUGGCCUGCAACAUUUGUCAAUAGGAGAGGCCGUACGUUCGCUGUUGUCCAAUCAAAAACAGAGAGAGUUGACCAUUCAGAUAAAAAAAUAUCUAACCCAGGGUUUGGCAGUUCCAGACGAACUAGCAGUUCAGUGUCUGGAUUUGGCUCUGAUGGACCUUGUUUGCCAAACCAGAGGAUUUGUUCUUGAUGGCUUUCCUAAUACAAAGAAGCAAGUGGACCUCUUGGAAGCCCGAUGUAUAAUCCCUGUGAGGAUCUUUGAGUUACAGGUGGAAACACAGGAGGUUCUAAAAAGAGGAUUAAUCGAUAAAAUCAAUAAUGAGAGGCCCUACCCACUGCAUGACAGUCCACAAAUUCUCACAAUCCGCAAUUCAUGUUACAAGAGUGAGAUCCUUGAUGUCAAAAAGUACUAUGAAGAGCAAUUCCAGAACUGGGUGGUUAUUGAUGGUGAAAGGAGCAAGUGGUGGGUGUGGAAUAAGGUACUUGAGGAGGCAAGUACAAGCGUGAAGCAUAUUCAGACUUACCUGGAGAGGAUUAGAGAAGGGAAAUCAGCCAGUAUUGAUAGGUUAUGCAUCACACCGCAGGAGCUGCUAUCUCGCUUGGGAGAGUUUGGCCAGUACUGUCCUGUCAGCCUCGCACUCGACAAAAAGCUGGUGGAUUGCUCCCUCUCCACAUCUUUAGAGUACACAGCCGAAUUCCGUGGGCACUAUUACAAAAUGAAGUCUGGGGAGUAUUUGCAGAAGUUCCUUGAUACACCAGAGAUGUUUGUCCUGCCGCUAGCUCCUAACCCCCUCCCUCCACCACACUUGCUGCCAAAGAAACUGACUGCUGCAGCUGUUAAGGCCAAGUUCCCCAAACAGGCAGAAAUGCUGGGAUACUGUCCUGUGACUUACCUGGAUGGAAAACAGAGAUAUGAAGCACUUGUUCCUGGAAACAUUGAGCAUGCUGCUGAAUACAGGGACAAAAUAUAUAUUUUUGCCAGUGAAGAAAAGCUGGAAACAUUUUUGAGGUUACCUGAAACGUAUUGGAAUCAAAAACUCCCAAAAAAACUCCCACCAAAGAAAGAACCAGUGUUGCUUACUUCCCUUCCGAUGCUGGGUUACCUUGAACAAGGGACAGCAACUUCAAUAAUAAAUGCUCUGACGGCUGUGGGUUGCUUGAAGCCUAAAUACCCAUUUCUCAGUGUGACAAAAUCUGCUCUGCUCUAUCUUGGGUACCAUUUAAAAGCAUAUAACCCCAGAAAUUCUGACUAUGUGCGUAAGAAGUACAAGAAGAAGCUGGAACAGUUUGAGGAGUGCUGUGAACUUGUAUCAUACCUGGGAUCAAAAAUGACUCACAAGUACAAGGAACCCCAAGAAAGGCCUAUUGACUUUGACCAUAAACUUCAUACGUUUUUGUCUCUUAAAGGGACUGAACCAACUUCAACCUGGGUUGUUUAAUAGCCUUCCUGAGCUUGUUUACAUUCAGAGUGAAGCUGGCACAAAACUAAACUUGUUCUUCUGCACAAUUCUAAUAUGUUAAAUAACUAUAUUCUCCAUUAACUUGUGCUAUUUUUAACCCUAACCCUAACCCUAACCCUAACCCUAACCCUAACCCUAACCCUAACCCUAACCCUAACCCUAACCCUAACCCAAACCGUGUAACAUGUGUAACAUACUCUGUAAAACAAAUAGCAGCAUCAGUGUUGUGCAUAAUUUGGUGUAUUGGUAAAUUAUUUAUGAAAUGUCAGUGUUAAAGGAGUCUUUCUUUGCCUUGGUAAGGGGAACACAAAUUAUACCGCCUAUAGUAUUUUGUUUGAAAAGCUUGUAUAAAGAGUUUGUAGAUAUGCAUACUAUCAACAAAUCCAUAAACUCCAUUAGUCAGUUCUUCGAUACUCCCAGUUCAUAUAAAAACAUAAUUCGAUAAUAGCAAGACGCUAAAAUUUCCUGCAGAAAACGAUUCAGUGCCAUUAGCUUCCAGCAGAUGGUAGAUGCCUGCUGCUACAUCAAGCAUCAACUGUAAAUCAGAUUUAAAAUCAAUCAACAACAAACCAAGACUGUUCAGUAGUAAUAUUGCUCCAUUCAGAUAUCUGGCACUGUCCAGACAAACUAUAAGUAACUCUGAUAAGUAAAAAGUUCUCUCAUUAUGAACAUUUUCGGGACUAUUCUCUUAAAACUUCUCAAUGGAAGAGUACCCGACGAAUCAUUACAAGUUCAAAAGUAAAUCAAGGUUUUAAAGUGUUGUUUUAAAGGAAUUAAUGAGAAAAUGUGUUUUUUAAUAGUGACAGUGCUCUAUCAGUGAAGGCUGUUCUGUGUGGUAGUUGACCUUGACUUUUCUUAGCUCCCUCGCCUUUGGCUCGGGACACAUAACUGCAGUCAUGGUCAACUACAUUGUCUUCAUCACAGGCAUUAUUGUUUGAUAAUACCCCUCAUUAUAUCGCCCCUUGCUAUACUACAGAUUUGGAUAUAUCGCGGUCCAAACAAACUUGUCAUGAAUGAUGGCAAAACGAAGGUUGUGUACUUACCAAAAAACACAACCAGCAAGAUCCAGCCAACAGACCAAAGAGUGAUUUCAACUUUUAAAGCUCAUUAUCGCAGAGAGCUGCUUUGCAAACUAAUUGCAGAUUAGCAAGUUACUCUCCAAGAAGCCAAUAAAGCACUAACAGUAAAAAAUCUUGUGUAUAUUACUGCUGAUUGCUGCUCCCUGCUCCAGGUGUGCUCUGGACCCCCCUCCCCACUCACCUUUUCCAGGCUGCUGUCCCUUCUCUACUCCCUUUCAUUUCUUCUCUUCUCAAUCCCUCUAUGCUCUCUGGCUGUUUCCCUUCUGCCUUCAAACAGGCCUGCAUCAUGCCCAUCUUAAAAAAACCCUCCCUUGAUCCCUCAUCCCUCUAGAACUACCAUCCUGUCUCUCUUCUUCCUUUCCUCUCUAAAACCCUCAAGCGAGCAGUACUUCGCCAGCUCUCUGCUCAACCCCCUCCAAUAAGGUUUUCGCCCAGCACAAUCCAGUGAAACUGCUCUCUGUCGUCAACUCUCUACCCUCUGCCCGUGCCGCCUCCCUCUCUGUCCUAAUUCUCCUCGACGUCUCUGUUGCCUUUGACACAGUCAAUCAUUCUAUUCUCCUGCCCUUCCUCGCUGACCUGGAACUCUCUGCCACUGCUCUUGCCUGAUUCUAUCUCGCCAAUCACACGUAACAGGUGUCCUGGCAUGGCUCACCCUCAGCAUGGUGCCUCGGCUGGUCAAUCUCCCAGUCCUUGGAUCCUUUCACUCUGUGGAAAUCUGCUGACAACAUCACAGGGACUGCCUGUUGCUGUAGUUAGGUGGUUGCUAAUUUGGACUGUUCUGGACUUUAAUUGUAUUUUUUUUGUUUUUAAAGACGAAAGUAAGGAAAGAUAGAAAAAGAGAAAGGAACUUUAUUCUUUGGAUUUCCUCUCUUUAUUUUUCAGCAUUUCUGUCUUUCUCUAUGAUACCUUGGUUGUGUUCUACUGUGUUCAUAGUUUUGGUCUUAUUUCACAUCACAACGCUGGGGUAAAUAUCUUGCUUUUUUAAAAAUAUUUUGUUCUGUGUUGCAUUUUUGUAGUGUGAGGGUGUGGCAAUGUUGCCCCACCCCUGGGUGUAUUUCUGUGUUGUAUGUUGCGUGUAGUGUGUUAAUGUUGGUGUUUAU